CAGCACGUAUUGUUCGGCAGGAGAAACUUUAGUGGACUUUAACUCCGGUAAUUCCCGAAAUAUUUCAACUCUCGUAAUAAUUAACCGACAAACUGUGUCGGGAGUUAAGUUGUGGCGGGAAGAGGAUUUGAAAAUAUAAAAUUCGUCCAGUCCGAGCGAAGCUAACAACUGCUGAACAGUUUGGAGGUUGAACUCUUCACCUGGGCUGGAGAUGGGGGAUCCAGAGCAUCCAGAGUUUGAGUCCCUGGAGGAGGAGCUGAAGUUCUGGAAGGAGCAGGCUGCAAGGCAUCAACAGAGUGCGGAGGAAUCCCAAGAGGAGCUGCAAGAGUUUCAGCAGAUGAGUCGCGACUACGAGGGCGAGCUGGAGACAGAGCUGCAACAGUGUGAAGCACGAAACCGCGAGCUCCUUGCUGCGAACGACCGUCUCCGCAUGGAGCUGGAGAACUACAAGGAGAAGUACGAGGCACAGCACUCUGAGGCCUGUCGGCACAUCUCCAGCCUAGAGGGAGACCUGACUGAGACCAGGUCUAUCAGAGACCAUCUUCACAAAUACAUCAGAGAGCUGGAGCAGGCCAACGAUGACCUGGAGAGAGCCAAGAGAGCGACCAUCAUGCCACUGGAGGACUUUGAGCAGAGAAUGAACUAUGUCAUAGAGAGGAAUGCUUUUCUUGAGAGCGAGCUGGAUGAGAAGGAGAGUCUCCUGGAGUCUGUCCAGAGGCUGAAGGACGAAGCCAGAGACCUGAGGCAGGAGCUGGCGGUGCAGCAGAAGCAGCAGGUGCAGGACUGCAAGCCAUGCAUCAGCGUCGUGGUCAAAGAGCCUCCAUUGUCUUCCUCCUCUUCGGCUGGGCCACCCACCCCACCACUCACCCCUCCAGACAGAACCACGUCUUCGUCCUCCGCCCAGGCCGUCCCCUCUGCCACCGCAACACCGUCCAGACCUCCAGCCCCGACCGAGUCCUUCACCACCCCACUGCUGUCCGUCAGCAGAGGUGAAAGCCUCUCAGCGACUCUUCUCGCCACCUCAGUGAGAAUCUCGGCUCUGAACAUCGUCGGGGAGCUGCUGAGGAAAGUCGGGAACCUCGAGUCCAAGCUGGCAUCGUGUCGAGAAUACGUCCAUGAGCAGACGGGGAGCCGUAGAGGACAUGCUGGAGGACAGGGGACACUGGCAGGCCAGAACAACUCCACAGAGCAACAUCCCAGCAAUGGCCUUUACAACAAGGGGUGAGGCUGGUGAAGAGGUUGGACUUCAGCGCGGGACACAAGCUGCUGCUGUAAAAGAGAAAAACAUUGUCCUCUCUCUGACUGAGCUGUUUUUGUCCGUCCAACACUUGAACGGUACCGUGGGGGUUUUCUGCUUCUUUCGGGACACAGCUCUCGCCCUAACAGGAAGCUGCGGUGAUAAGGUGGAUGACACGAUGGUGCGGAGACUCACUUGCACUUAGUUACUUCACGUAACAUUGUGGACUCACCGUCUCACCUUUGUUUGGAUUUUGUUUGUGUGUGUGUUUGUCCCUCUAAAGGUGUGUUCAGUGAACUUUAACAGACAAAAGAAGCAUUAACUCCGGGUGAUGCUGAUGACAGUUGCUGCUCCCCUCGAGGAGUUAAUCCUUUGUUUGUAUCUUUAUAUUUGCUACUUUUUCAUUAUGUUUUUGAAACCGUCUUGUGUCGGAGAUGAAUCAGAAACUAAAGUUAUGAACAUAUUGUUCCUGUGGGGGAGAAGUUGUUUCACUUAGGAAAAUGUUAAUGUGGCUAUUUAGAUCACAUGGUUGUGUGAAAGGUAUUUUUUUACUUUGCAUUUUAAAGUUGUUGUGGGUUUUUUUUCACCUUAAGGCCUUAAGGGGUUCUGCAUCUUCAAGUUUCCCAGCUUUAGAACGAUGACUUGAAUCUCCGUGUUUGGAAAGUGAAGCCAAUCUGGAAGAGUCUGAAACCUGCGUUCUCUUGAAUGGCCAUCAGGGGGCGACUUCACUGGACAAGAUGGUAUGGGCAAAAGUGAAAUGAAAUCAUCUGGAUCACCCCCCUGGUGGCUGGACGAGUGGCAUCUAAGAUUAGGUUUCCUGUUUUUACAGCACUGAUUACCUUUUAAUAUAGAGGCCUCCGUGAAGCCUUACAGUUACAGCAGAAUUGUAUUAUUGUAGCGUGAGUGGAGAAGAGUGUAGAGGAGGUUGUUACGAGGUCCUGCAAACCAGAGACGCAGAGACUUGUUCUUAGUCAAAACAAGGCUGCCAAUGCAAGGAAAAAACAUUUUUAGCAUCUUGACAAAAGACAAAAUCCACGUCAGUACAAGUCUACAAUAUCUUAAGAACAUUUUCACGCCUCUAUCUCACUUUUCCAACAGGAAACUGAAGUUUGUAAACCACUCACUCUCCCACACCAAACCCCAUAGAGAAAAUCAGUGAUUUUAACAUCACAGCAACACAGGAGUUGUUGACCCACUGCUGCCUCCAUCACUAAGUUCAAAUGUAUUAUUUUUGUCACUUCUGUGUUUGAAAUUCUGUGUUCAGACUCGUCUUAAACUGGCCACAUGAGGGCAGCAGUAGACCAGCAGCUCUUGUAUCCUUGCGAUCAAAAAAUGACUGAUUUUAUCUAUGAAACGACUGAAAAGAUCUAUAGUGGCCUCCCGCAUAGUGCUGUAUACAUUUAUAUAUAAUAUAAAAGGCUCUGGGUAAUAAAAACAUCAAUAAUUAAGUAUAAAUGCAUCUUCAAUUUAUAUUAUAUUCUAAUGUAGAUUUUCUUUUGUUGUGAAGUGGCUAAAAUCUGUUUCUCUUUUCACUGAGAGUGAGCCUCCAUGUCUCAGGCUGCGUCUCAGCAGCAGGGGGCGCUCAUAGCACAGUCAGUGCUGGCAACACUUUGGUAAAAAACGCACAAAUUCCUCUGCAGAGCUUUUCUGCCGUCUUUCCAGGGGUGAAUCUGGAAAAGUCCUCGUGUUACAGAGGUGAUAUGAAUACUUCAGUGAAGGCGACCCGUGUUUUAUGUUAAAAAUGAUUUUUAGCAUUAGAGAGCGUGUUGUUAGAGUGUAGACAGGUUUUGCUCAAGGCGGCCUUUACUUUUUGCUUUUAUGACUCUUCUCACGAAGCAAUGCUGUGUUUUUGUUGUGUUUACCUUCACUGCUGCUUGUGAUGUUUAUCAAAAACCAAUAAAAGACCAGACAUAAGGGGGGGAGAAGAACUGAAGCGGCACGUGUUUACGAACAGUUUUAU